AUGAGUGAAGGUGGUUACGCUAGAUUGGGGGAGGAUACGUCGUCGGUGAAGGAUGUUGUUGAUGCCCGGGAGGGAAUAUCUCUUCCUCUUGACCAAGAUGAUGACGAAGAUAUCAGCAGCGAGGCGAGCACGCUGUUAUCUAGCGGGGUUCCAUCACAUCCCAAUCACCAACUUCAUCACAAACAUCAGAGACAGCAGUACCACCAAGACGCGGAGAAUGAAGAAACCAGUCCUUCGCGGACAGGAGUCUUAGCAAGGAUCUUUGGAGGAGAGGUAAUUUUGAGGAUAGGGCUGUUUGCGGGCAUGGUGGUGGUGGUAUGCUUGGCCGUGGUGAGGUCCAUGGAAGGGGAGUUUUCGCCGGGGCUGGUGGCGGGAGGGGGGUUGAUGAUGAUUAUGUGUUUGGUGGUUGGGAAGAGGGAUCUUUGGAGGGGAGGGAUGGCGAUUGGGUGA